UUCAUCCGGGGGUUGAAAAUUCAGCGGCGCAGUGGGGCUCGCGUAUAAAGCUCCGGCGAGCUUUUGCUCCCGUGCCAUACACAGACCCACGCGCGCCGCAGUCUCACACAUCUCGGCUCCACAUAAGUAGUACACGCAGCUUCCUUCCUCGCCCCGAGACGCACCAUGAACUGCAGGAGCCUGCUCGCGCUGGGACUCUGUCUGUGCGUCGUCCUGCUGCAGACUCGGGCCGCCGAGGGUCAGUUGAACUUCUCCACCGGCUGGGGCAAGCGAAGCAGUCAUCUGCUCCAGCCGGCGCGCGCUUCGUCAUCCUCGUCCUCGUCCUCGUCCUCGUCCUCAACGUCGGCGGCGGCGGCGGCGGCGGCUUCCUCGGGAAUCGGCAGGCCUCGACAGCAAGCCGAUCUCGACUACUUUCUGCAGCGCUACUAUCGCCGCCUGCGCAAGAUCGAAGCCCAGCGACUGGCGAAUUCUCAGGUGUAAAUGGCGCUGAUGGAAGCUCGUAUAGUUAGAACAGAAGAUUUGUAUUUGUUUGUUAUUAUACCGUAUGAAGCUUAUUUUAAUAAUAAAUUAAAUAUUCGAUUGUAAA